CUCAAAUUUUAGAGUCUCUCUUCAAUCUCGAGUUCUUCAGCCUUUGGAAAAAAGGCAGGUCAAUCCUCUGAGUUCCGAGUUUUCACUCUGACUCACUCUCCAUUUCCAACACAGUAUGGAUGAUUACUACAGGAGGAUCCGUGUUCCAGCCUUCGGUAGCUGGGACUGGAACAACGAUCUCCCUUUUACUCGGCGUUUUGAAUCAGCUCGACAAGCUGGCUUGCUUCGUUACACCUACUCUCAGGAUCGGGAUUUCUACGUCGCCGGUGAUCUCUAUCAAAACGACGUCGUUACACCUGCCGUGAUUAUGAUUCCUCGCUCAAGGGGAAGAGCAAGACAAUCACAUGUCAAAGAAGAUAAAAAGCAAAGGUGGGAAGAACGGGCUCCUAUGCCAAGGCCAAGGCCCAAACCCGUUGAUGAAGAUCUCUAUAAAAUCUCACCCCACCUCCUUCAAGCUAAACCCAGAAAGAAGAGAGUACUGAGCUUCUUUUCAAGGUGCUUGGUGCCAACUUGUGUAAAGUGAAGGUUUCGCCAUUGAGAAGUGCAUGCUAUAUAUGUAGUCAUAUAUGCAUAGUUUAAAGGAGUUGAAGAAGAGUGAAUGGGGGAUAAGGCAAGUGAUUUCUAUUGCUUACCCUUCCCUUUGUAUAUUAGGGGGAUUAUCUGGUUAAGAAAGAGAAUCCAAAUAGUGCUUUUCUUUUCUUGGUAAAACCCUAUUAUAUUUUUGGGAGGCUAUCUUUUUUAAG